UCCUCUCCCUCUGUAGUCAUGUCAGGUCGCGGCAAAGGCGGGAAGGGCCUGGGCAAGGGCGGCGCCAAGCGCCACCGCAAAGUCCUGCGCGACAACAUCCAGGGCAUCACCAAGCCCGCCAUCCGCCGCCUGGCCCGGCGCGGCGGCGUCAAGCGCAUCUCCGGCCUCAUCUACGAGGAGACCCGCGGGGUGCUGAAGGUCUUCCUGGAGAACGUGAUCCGCGACGCCGUCACCUACACGGAGCACGCCAAGCGCAAGACCGUCACGGCCAUGGACGUGGUCUACGCGCUCAAGCGCCAGGGACGCACGCUCUACGGCUUCGGCGGCUGAGCUGCUCCGCCUCCCGCUUCUUUCUCUAACGGCCCUUUUCAGGGCCACCCACUUCAUCUUCUAAAGACUGCAACAUUGCUUUCUAAGCUCCCGACGUCAGGCCUUUGUGCGGCACGCGGCUCUGUCGCCUGCGGACUGCAUCCCUCGUUCAGCGCCUCCCGUGCUCGGGUGUGCGGUUUGUAUCUCCCGUCUUUAGUGAAGUUCAAUGUCAGACGGGCUCGGGACAGUUAAGCCUGGGAGUGGUGGGUGCUCUGCCCGCUCUGGGUACAAAUGCACUUCACUUUCUCUACUGUUGGUUCUGUCUGCUGCUGUCUGAAAUAGCUGAGCUUUUCCGCUGCUCACUGGCAAAUUUCUCCUGCCUUGGAAUUCUUUAGUUGGCAGAGAAAACGAGCCCACCCAGACCGUUCGGCCUGUGUCGGCAUGGCUGCGUGGUUGGGAGAGAUUCUAUGUUGGGGUCGAACAGCUCGCCUCACUUUGUCCGUGUGUGGGGGAUGGGAAGGGAGGUCUGUGCAGUGCUCAAGCUGGUGACGUCGCCUUACGCUACACUAGACGCCAAGGUCUUGUGCCUUUGGCAUUUCCUCCUUCACUGGCUCCCAUGUUCACCAUGCAGCCACAUUCCUGUGCUUGUUCUGCAGCUGGAGGAACUGUUUGAAAAGCUUGAGGAAGUGUGGCCCUGGAGAGGUGGGUACUGGGGGUAGACGUUGAGGUUUUGUUUUGGUUGGUUGGUUGGUUUUGGUUUUUGUUUUGAUUGGAGAUAGGAUUUUUCUAUCUAACAGCUCUGGCUCUUCUGGCCCUCACUUUGUAGACCACACUGGCCUUGAACUCACAGCGCUCUGCCUGCCUCUGCCUCCCAAGUGCUGAGGUCAAAGCUGUGUGCCACCACUGACCAUCAGGCUUUGACAUUUCAAAAGCCCAAGCCAUUCUCCGUUACAGUUGCCUCUGCCUCCUACCUGUGGAUCAGAUGUAAGCUCUAAGCUACCACUCUAGUGCCUGCCCGCCUGCUUGCUCCCAUGAUGACCGUGAACUCAAACCCUCUGGAGCCAUUAAUCCCAAUAAACAUUUUUUUUUUAAUAAAUUGCCUUGGUCAUGAUGUCUCUUCACAGCAAAAGAAAAGUGACUAAGACAAUGAAUAUUGAGUAUUCCCUACAUCUCAUGCAUGUUUAGAUCCUGAUAUUUCAUGUGUGUCUUAUGAAUGCUGAUCUUUUGGUAAAUAUCACCAUGCACGACUUACUCCUUAUCUAUGCCUGGCACAUUUUAGAACAUUUUUUUUUUACCUAUCACAUUUGUUUCUCAGUAACAGAACUACAGGAUUUCAAAUAGUACCAGGAAGGUGUAUUUUCAAAUGUCAGGAAACCAAGACCAUGAAUUGUUCCAAAUAUGAUACAAUCCUGGAACAGAUGCAUAACAGUAUGGUACAGUAGUCUAAUCUUUUGCUCUAUUCUAUUUUAAUGAUAGGGUUGUCAAACAAUAAAGAACUUGAUUGUUUUAAAAUGUUUUAUUAUUGUGUGUGCAAGAUAUGUAUGCUGAGCUAGGGGAAAUCAACCUUAAGGAGCCACUUUCUCUCCCUCCACUUUUCUGUGGGUGUCAGGGGCUGAACUCACGUCAACAUGGGUGUGUAGUAAGUGCUUUGCCUUUGUUGUUGUUGUUGUUGUUGUUGUUGUUGUUUGAGACAUAGGGUCUCACUAUGUAGCUCUAGUGUCGUGGAACUCACAAAGCAAACCAGGAUGGACUCACAGCGAUCCACCUGCCUCAGGUUCCCAACUGCUGGAAGAUUAAAGAUGUGUGCCACUAUGCAGAACUGGAGCAAGUACUCUCACCAUCCAGUCAUUUGGCCUGCCUAGCACUUGCUUGUUCUAAUGAAUGAUUCAUUCAUUCAUUCUAAUCCAUGGGAACAAAUUCAUAAGUAAUGGUACUUAACAAAACCCUUUGUGUGAAGUCCACUCACUGCCAUUCUGUUACUAUGUGGACAGGGCCAGUGAUAUAAAUCAUAUAUUUUCUUAAUUUAAAAAAAAGUUUAUUGUGCUUUGUAGAUGAAAUUCUAAACAGUGUUAGUAAAUAAGAAACACAGAGCCAAAUACAGGGGUAAUAGCCGAAGAGAUCAGAGAAUUAGCGAAGAGCCACUGACUACCCUUUAGUUUAUCACCAAGCCGUGGUUUCCCACAUGAGAGCUUCCUGUCUGACUUGUGUUUUUAUUGCUUUUCUAUUCUGCCUUCUUAUUGGCUCUAAGCCCAGCCACAUGACUUCCUGCCUGUCUAUAUAGACCUCCAGGUCUCUAUGGUUGGUACUGGGAUUAAAGGCUCCUGUCACCAUGCUUGGCUGUGUCCUUGACCACACAGCGACUCUGCCUGCCAUGUGAUCAGAUUAAGGACAUGUGCUACCACCGCCUGAUUCCUGUUUCUGGCUAUGUGACCCCUGAUCUCCAGGCAAACUUUAUUUAUUAACAUACAAAUAAAAUCACAUUUCAGCACAAUUAAAAUAUCACCACAAUAAGCCGGGCGGUGGUGGCGCACG